AAAUUAGUGGAAAUAUAUCUCGUAAGUUGAAUUGUAGAAUCUCACGUUAUGAUUACAAAAAACAUGUUGCUAUGAACUCCCGUGUAGAAGAAAUGUUGAACUUAUUGGAUAUGGAAUCGAAUGAUGUUCGCUUCAUAGGAAUUCAUGGGAUGGGUGGUGUUGGUAAGACAACUCUCGCCGAAAUAAUUUAUGAUAGAAUUUCUUGUCAGUUUGAAGGAAGCAGCUUUAUUUCUUGUAUUAGAGAAGAAUCUAGAGCUCGUGGUUUAGCUUCUUUACAAAAACAACUUCUUUCUAUGAUCAUGCAAGAAGAAAUAUAUAUAUGGGAUCAUCACCAGGGAAUCAAGGUGAUAAGGAGUAGUUUGCAUAAUAAAAAGGCUUUUAUUGUCCUCGAUGAUGUGGAUAGUGAAAAGCAAUUAAUGGCACUAUCAGGGAGUCAUGAUUGGUUUGGUCCAGGGAGUAGGGUGAUUAUAACAUGCAGAGAUAGUCAUCUGUUGAAAACACAUGAAGUGAAUGACAUCUAUAAGGUUGAGCAGCUUGAAACUACUGAAGCUUUGCAACUCUUUAGUUUGUCAGCCUUCAAGCACACCCAUCCAAGGGAGAAUUACAAGGAUAUAUCUAUGGACUUUGUGAAUUAUGCUCAAGGCCUUCCUUUAGCUCUAAAAUUUUUAGGUUCCUUCUUAUUUGGGAGAACAAUAGAUGCCUGGAAAAGUGCUAGGGAUCAACUAGAAGCAAUUCCUAAUAAAGAAAUUAUGAAUAUACUUCAAAUAAGUUUUGAGGGGUUGGAGGAUUUGCAAAAAGAGUUGUUCUUGGAUAUGGCAUGUUUGUUUCGAGGACACUGGCUAGAUAACAAGUUUUUGCAGACAUUAGAAAGUUUUGGUUAUUAUCCUGGCGUCAACAUUGACAUUCUCAUUGACAAAUCCCUCGUAAGAUUCUCAAAUGGAAUGUUGUUCAUGCAUGAUUUGCUACAAAAAAUGGGCCAGGAAAUAGUUCGUCGUGAAUGCCUUGUUGAACCUGGACGACGUAGUAGAUUGUGUCAUCACAAGGAUGUCUUUCAUGUAUUGAAGAAUAACACUGGAACUGAUGCAAUUGAAGGCAUAGUCCUGGACUUUUGUCCUGAAACGAAAGAUAGAUUCAACACCAAAGCAUUCUCAAAGAUGAGGAAGUUGAGAUUUCUUAAAAUCCAUCAUUCUCCAACUAUAGAAUGGCGUGGAGAUCCUUUAGAAUUCAUGCCAACCUAUGAGUUGCGAUUCCUAGAUUGGUUUGGAUAUCCUUGGAAAUCCUUGCCAAGCAGUUUCCAACCAAAAACUCUUACUGUACUAAGCAUGCCUUGUAGCCACAUCAAACAACUAUGGAAGGGGUUGAUGGUAAGUUUUUCACUUAUAUAAAUACGUAUUCUUCUUAAUAAUCCCCUUUCCUUUCCCAAAUAUGUUAAUAAAUUCUUAUUUUGAUCCAAUUAACUAUUUGCUUAUAACAGGUUUUAGAUAAUUUGAAGUACUUUGAUCUAAGUUAUUCUAGGAACUUGAUUGAAACACCAGAUUUGACAGGAGCCCCAAAUCUUGAGAAAAUAUUCCUUUCAGGUUGUAGAAGCUUGUGUAAGGUCCACGCAUCCAUCGGAUUUCUCAAGCGAUUAAAAGUAUUGAAUUUAGAUCAUUGUGAAUGUCUUAGAAGACUUCCAAACAAGUUCUGCUUAGAAUCUCUUGAAGUUUUGAGUCUUACAGAAUGUUCAAGACUUGAGAAGUUUCCAGAUUUUUUGGGAGAUAUGACAUGUCUUGAGAGCUUAGUUUUUAGCGAGCCCACUAAAACUGACUUGCCAUCAUCAUUUAUGAGUUUCUGUGGGCUUCGCUAUUUACAUUUACAAGCUUGCCAAAACAUUUCAGUUUUUCCCAGUUUUAUCUGUAGUUUGUCAUAUCUUGAAAGUCUCCGGUUGGAUGGUUGGUCAAGACUAGAGAAAUUUCCAGAUUUGAGUAGGUUGGAGUGCUUGACACAUCUUACGGCACUGGGAACAGCUAUAACACAAAUACCAUCUGUCAAUCUAAUCCCCAAAAGUAUCCGUUCCUUCCAACUUGAAGGAAGAAAGUGGAUGCCACAUAAAUCAAGAGAUUUGCCCAUCUUCAUGAAUGACUACUCUUUGUCAAAACAAAGCUCAGAUCCCACCUAUAAUAUCACAUCACUUGUAGAUCAGUAUCAGAUGGAUGGCAUGUAUAAGUUUGACGCAGAGUACAUUGAUGUUGACAGCGAAGGAGAAAACAAAUUACACUUGGCAGGUGGAGGUAUUCAGAAUUCAUUCAAUGCCAAUGCGAUGAUAUAUGGGUGGUCGUUGGGAUCAGGAAUCCCAAAGUGGGUCCACAAUAAAAGUAAUGGCUCCUCUUUAAAGAUAGAUUUGGAUGGUAAUAUGAAGGGGAUGGGGUGUGCUAUCUAUGUUGUUUGUGAUUAUCAACAAUUUCAUUCCCUUGGAGGGAGUUCAAUUUCUUCGUUAUUCAAGGACUCGUUUUUUUAUCCUUCACAUAUCAAGUUUACAUUUUGUUUUGAGACGGAUACAGGUUAUGUAGAACAUUUUUACUACUCCCUUGCAAUUCCUUCCCUGGACAUCUCUUUCAUUAAGCCAAUUGGAUUAUGGUCGUAUAUACCAGCUCUGAGGUUUUUGGAAUCGUCCAGAUCGAAUAAGUUGGAUCAACUAGGCUUCAUUAAGAUUUUUAUUACAGCAAACAUGGAUAGCUUCCGCUCUCGUACUCCAAUAGAAGUGAAAGAAUGCGGGGUGCAUUUAGUUUGUCCAGAUGAUGCUAAUUCAAAGUUCUAUAAUAGCAUUAUUCCACUUGGUUUGGGGUCUUCAAAUUUAAAUUUCUAUCGACGAUUUUAUUUUACUUUGUACCAGAAACCUCCUGAUUUCAGUGAUGAGCUCGAAGUGUUCAUAAAAUCCCAGAUUGAUUAAGAGAAUGCAGUCGAUCGACCACCCAAGCGUUUCUUCUUUAUAAUGUUUCUGUGAUCAGGGAACCUUUGGCUGAAUAUCCCUGGGAGGAUACUUGACAUGGAAGUCUCGCAUGAUGAGAAAAGAAGAUUAGAUUCAGCAGGAGUCCUCCUUUAAAGUUGAGUCCUUUAGAGCAUUGGCCUAGCAUUGUUUCUUUUGGGAAUAGAAGAUCUUGACCAUUUUGUUUAUGAGUUAGGAGUCAGGUCUCAUGUAGUGUCGGCUUUCCAAUUGGUUUGUUGCCUCAUUUAAGCACUGCGACUUAUCAAUUCAAGGGAGCUCGAGGAUAUUAUUAUUACGAAAAUAUUAUUAUCAUUUAAGCACCAUACUUAUCAAUUCAGGGUCUCUGAAUUUGAUUGUAACCAAUUAAUUCUAUGGUGAAUUUGAAAGUG